CUAUGACGCAGGGGGACAGAAACGGAAAACGGCGGGCUGGUUUGAAACGGAAAGGAGAAAGGCGUUUUGUGCUGUAAAACUACUUCUCUGACGUGUGCCUGGUUUAAAACCUGAGGAAAAAGGUGAAGGACAAGUUCUGAAAUGUCAUCCAAAGACGACUCUCGCAUCCUGCUUCUGGAGGAGCAAGUGAAGAGUUUAUCAGAUGAGUUAAUGCAGUGUCAGGCAGACAAGGAGUUUGUGUGGUCCCUAUGGAAACACCUGCAAGUGGCAAAUCCAGACUUGACCCAAGCUGUCAGUUUGGUUGUUGAGCGUGAGAAACACAAGGCUGAGAUGAAGGACAGAAAAGUGUUGGAGAUCCUCCAAUCCAAAGACUACAGGAUACAAGAGCUGGAACAGAAAGUGACGGGGUGGCAGCAGGAAAUGAACAACUUGGUACAAAGAAGGUCAACAGCAGAUGAGGAAAACAUCUCAAUGAAGAAUGAGCUGACAGCUCUGCGUGAACAACUGGAAAAUAAGAGUCAGGAAAUUAAGGAAAUGAAGACAGAGUGUAGGAGGAAAGAGGAGGAGGAGCGGCAGGUGGUGCGGGCUCUAGAGGAGGAGAAAGAGGGAUUAAUGUCCCGCUGCGGCGCCCUGCGAGCUGACCUGGAGGAGAAAGAAAGGCAGGCCAACAUCCAGCGAGAACAGAGGGAGGCGGACCAGGCCAGAGUCAGGGAGAAGGAGGAGCAGCUACACAGUGCCUGGCAAGAGUUGUCAAGCCUGCAGAGCCACAGCAGCAGUCUAGCAGCCCAGCUUUCUUCCAAAGAGAGGGAGGUGGGAGCAAAAGAAAGCCAACUCAGUCAACUUCGUCGUGACUAUGCAGAAGUGCAGACACUCUACAGACAGAGCACAGAACAUGCAGCAGAGCAGAGCCAUCUGAUCAGGCAACUGGAAGGACUCAAUCUAGACACACAGAAAGUCCUGAGGAACCAAGAGGAAGCACAUACUGCUGACACCACCUCUUAUCAGAGGCUGUACAAAGAGUUGAGUCAGUGCUACCAGGCCCUCACAUCCAGUGAGGCCAACCUCCGUCAAAGUCACCAGGAGCUCAGCAGCCUGCUGGUACAGAAAGACCAACACAUCCUGCAACUCCAGGCCCAGCUACAACAACAGCAGGAACAAAUACAACAGCAACAACAACAACAUCAGGCUCAGCAACCAACUCUCCACCCCACACCAAACAGGCAAACCAACUUUAAAGCUGUGGUGUCAGAGCAGGUUGAUGGUGCAGCUCAGAGGUGCAGCCCUGAUUCUGACAGGGCCUCCACCCAGGGCUCAGAUCCCAGGCCAGAGGAUAAGACCCUUCUACGCAGAUCCACCAGUUCCGUCAGAAGACAGCAGGGUGCACUUGUGCAGCGGUCCAGGUCUCUGUCCCCUGCUAGCAGUGUGGAGUUGGGCAGUAGAAGCAGAGGAGGGGCUGAACAGAGGAUUCAAGACCUUGAGGAGUUGCUGCAGUUAAAGAUGCAGGAGAAUGAAGAGUUGAGGAGGGCACAUGAUAAUCGGCGGGAACGCCUGUGUUUGAUUCAGACCAACUACAAGACGAUCAGAGAGCAACUAAAAGAAAUGGAGAAAUCAGUUGGCCUGCCAGGUGGAAAGAUGCAGCGUCCAGAACCACGACAGCUAAGGCAAGAGAACAGUGAUGCAGUGUGGAAUGAACUAGCCUACCUGAAAAACCUCAACAGGAAACUCUCUAUUGAAAAAACUGGCCUAGAGGAGGAGCUGGACAUGGUGCGAGUCCAGGCUGCGAUGGAUCGGGCCACAGUGAAGGAGCUCCGCCUUUGUCUUGCUGAGGAACACCAAGAAUUGCUUCACAGAGUGGUGGAAGAGUGCCAGGUCAAAAGCAGCACUCCGAAAAAGCUUUCUGUUUCUUCAGAGCGAUUGGAACAGUCAUUUAAAAAGAUUGAACAGCUGGAGAGGAGGAUGGUAUCUCUGGAGGAAGAGACAGAGAAGCUGAGGGAGGAAAAAGAGCAGUUACUCAAGGCCAAGGAAGACUUGGCCCACAGCUGCCGAAGAUUUAAAGCCUCUGUGGAUCACCUUCGGACCCAGGAAGCUAUCCGUGAAGAAGCAGCCCAGGCCCAGGCCCUGGCUGAGGGAGAGCGGCACCGCAGUGAGAUCUCAGCCCUGGAGGCCCAGCUGGCUGCCUCUCAAAAAAAGGCGACCAAACUUCAUCAUCAGUUGCUAAAGCUGAGACAGGAGUUAGGGAUUCUCAGAGCAGCCAGGGACUUCUAUAGGAACCAUGCAGCAGGACCUGCACGGGCAGGUAGGAACGUCAGCAACAUUAGCAACAAGGUCAAAUUCAAAACAACACGGCUCAGAGGUCCACUCCAGCAGCACAGCCACCCAACAGUCAGCCCCAAUCAAGCCAUCAGCCGGCAAGGCCGCUGCCCAAGUCCCACUAAGGACGAGUGGGAGGACAUGAGUGUGGAUAGUGACAGUGGUGACGAGUACUCAGACAGUCUCAACAGUGUGCCUUCAAACUCCGAACCGUACAGACGACACUUUAUCAGAAAGUCCUACAGGUGCUCACAGAUCUUGAACACAAAAGCGCCAGCAGCAGGAUCUAAAAGGAAACAACCUGAUGUUCUGGCUGAAGACGAUGAACAGCAUGAGCCCUGGGAUCGAGGGACGGGAGGAGAGAAGAGGAGGUGGAGGAGGAAGAGGAUGCUAAUGAAGACCCAACGCUGCUCCUCCUCUUCUCUGCAACAGCGCAUAGAGUCCCUGCAGCGUCACGUUGACAUACUGCGAAGUGCCAGGAAAGAUGCUGUGCUUUCAGCCAGAGAGCUACGAAGGGCCAACGAGAAGAUCACAGCACAGCUCAACUCCCUCACUGAGAAGCUGUGCAGCAGCAAGCAGCUCUCACAGAAGCUGACCUCUGAUCUAGCUGGUAUGGAGCAGCAGAAAAAGGUUCUGGAGAUGGAGCUGGAGCAGUGGAGGCAAAUCAGAUUCCCCCAGCAAACAGAAUGCUCCUGCCAGAGCCGGCCUGUGCCUGCCCCAGUUGAUACAGCCUCCCAAGCCCUUGAGGCUGAAGUGAAACAGCUUCAAACCAAACUAAAGAGUGCAAGUGCCGAGGUCACAAGGCAGGUGGCGGCUAACAAAGCCCUGCGAGGCCAACUCCAAGAGAAGGAGGACAAGCUCCGCCAGCUGCAGGACAAGGCAAGCCACGCAGAGAGAGAUUUGAACAUGAAGAGGCAGCUUGUGGAGGACUUGAAGACGAGACUUAAGUUCCUGCAGGAGAUGGAGAAAAGUUACAGAGGGCAGAUGGAGGAGCUGGAGAAGAAGGCGAAGACUUUAUCAGAGGAGGCCACCAACAGGAAGGCUCUCAUUGAAUCUCUAAAAAGGAGACUAAAUGUUGCAACCACAGAAAAAAGCCAGUGUGAGGCCUCCUGUACAAAACUAAAGAGGGACCUGGAGAAAAAGGAGCAGCGGAUACAUGCCUUGCAGGCUCGUGUGGGAGCCAGUGAGCAGGCUCUAGCUGCACUGGAACAGACCGCUACUGAACAAAUGGAAGGGUUGACCCAGCAGAGCUCCAAUGCCUUGGACAGACUUCAGAGACAGCUCGGCCAGACCUACUCCCAUCUGGAGCAACUUCAUUCUUUUAUCAAGGCCCUGGCCAGUGAAAUACUUUUAGACGUUCAAGAGGUCAAACAGCAGUUGAUGAAGAGGAGGAGGUCGAGGCAGGCCAGCUCUGUGGCGGCAAAGGGCAGCCUCUCAGCCAAGUCCAUGAUCAAAGCCAAGUCCAUCGCUGCCUCAAUCCUCAAUAUGUCAGAGAACGAUCUAGCGGACAUAAUGGACACUGACCAGAUGACGGAGGCUCAUCCAGAGAGUCCAGGAGACCAGGAGUGGCUGGACCACCUCAACCACAUCCUCCAGCAGAAGAUCCCCUCUGCCGGCCAGCUAAUGGAGGCUGUGCGCGUGAAGAUGAAGGAGAGGAAAGUGCUGACAGAAGAGCUGGCCACGCUCACAACACCAGUCAGCGAAAAAGCCUGACUCCCUGGGCUGAGGCUGGGAAAACUGUCAUCCUCUUCUUUUUUCUCCCUCCCCUUCUCCUCUGGGAGCUGGGCUGAGCCAAGCUGAGCCGGGGCAGCAGAACCAAUAUUUGUGAGAAAAGCACUGUCGACUCACUCUGGGCCACUGGCUCGACACAGCAGCCCUGCUUUUGUAAAUGAGCCCUCGACAUCUGUGUUAGUGCUCAGUGCACUAUGUCUAUCAGACAGGGCCCUUUAGCGCCAAGCUCAUUUACAGUGCAGCUACUCUCCCCCACUCUCCAAGCAGACCUGGGGUGAUAAGACAAAUGCUUACACUAAUGUUCAAGUUACACUUUUUAACUCUCUUUUACCUCUUCCCCUAAUUUAUUUGGCACCUAAAGGACCUUGAGGUGCAGGGACCUAGCAAUGCAAAGUUGACACUGAGAAAGUAAAGGGUGCAGCAUAGAGAUGAAGACUCACUAUAAGAGGAUGAAUCUACAGUACGGUGCAUUAGUCUCAGGCUACCACUAGCUUUAAAGUUUGACAGAGCUUUAAUAACUGUUCAUGCAUCCCACUCAGUCUCUUUAUUGCAAAAUACAGGAAAUAUGUGCCCAAAAGUAAAUAAGUACACAAUUUUUAACCAAGAAGCUUCCAUAGACAUCAGUAUUUAGUGUGGCCUCUCUUUGCACUUGGCACAUCUUCCAUCCAAAAAUUAUCUACACCACUAAUUCCAUUCGUGGUCAUGGAGGGGUGGAGCUGAUCCCAGCUGUCAUUGGACAAGAGGCAGGGUACCCCUGCACUGGUCGGCAGUCAGUCAUAGGACAAACCAGAGGCAAAGCAGACACACUCACAUCUACGUCAAUUUAGACGUUAACCUAAUGAGCAUGUCUUUGAACUGUGGUAGGAACUACAUUGUACAUGCAGACUCCCCUAAACACAUCCUGGCCCUUAUACCAGGCUUCUUUUAGAACUUUUCAGACUUCUUCUUUAGAUUUAGACUGUCUUUCCCUUUCCAAACUCAAGAUGGAUGGUGUAAAGGGAUUUCUCUGAAGACAAGUGACAUCAAAAUUCUAAAGUUUUGUGCUGGUCGUGGCUGUGCCAGCUAUUCAAAUUGGGGAUUAAAACAAUCUUGAGCUAGAUUUGAGUCUUGAAAGUAGUGACACAUUCAGGGAAAAGUAUAAAAACUUCACAGAGAAACAGUGGUAGACAUGGAUUAAAUACCCCUAUCUCAAGCCUGGACAAGUGGUGUCAGGAAACACUUACAUGUGGCCCGUUUUCACCAAGGGGUCCAGUUUGAUGCAGUACUGUUGUCACAGUUUGGUAUAGUAAACCCCGAUCUUGCUUGUGCUUCCAAAGCCAAUGUCUGUCCAGCCUCACUCGUUGUGCUGAGAAGUAUAUCUCCUUUUAGUGAUCUGGAUCAUUUGGCUCAACUCAGUUAAUGAGCUGGUCGUUUUGUCCCCAAACAGCCUUUCAUUUGGUACCUGUUUGGCUUUUUAAAUGUGUAUUAAGUUAUGACAGAAGUUGGGGAAAGGAAACUGUCUCUCAAACCGUAAACAGCUCCUGUGGUUCAUUUGGUUAAUAGUAUAUCACCAUUUCCAUGAAAUGCAUGCUUAUGGCAAAACAAAGGAGAAAAGCUGCUGAAAGUGUGUGAGGUGUCAAUCUCGCGGCCCAUUCUGCCCUCACUCAAGAAUAAGACCCUGAAAUACUUGAACUCCUUCCCUUGGGCCAGAGACACCCUCCCCUAGAGGGAGCAAUUCACCGUUUUCCAGAAGAGAACCAUGGCCUCGAACUUGGAGUUGUGGACUCUCAUCCCAACUGCUUCUCACUCAGCUACAAACCGCCCCAGUGCAUGCUGAAGGUCCCUUGGCUAAAGAAGCCUACAGAACCACAUCAUCUGAAAAAGCAGACCUGGCUGGCCUGGGAACGCCUGGGAAUCCCCAGGGAGAGCUGGAAAGUGUUGCUGGGGAAGAGAUGUCUGGGUGGACUUACUUGGCCUGCUGCCACAGCAGCCCAGCCCUGGAUAAACGGAAGAAAAUGGAUGGAGCAAGCCUCUUAGCACACUAUAAGACUCCUCAAGUCUCUUGUCCCCUUCAUUGUGUUAGUAGGAGGAGGUCUGCAGGACUAAAUCAUUUGUGAUAUCGAUGACCUCCGUGCUAAGCAAAUUGGUUAACCUUUGGAAAAAAUUACAUUUUGUAAAUUCUACCGAAUGUACAGUACUGUGCAGAAGUUUUAGACAUGUUUGGGCCGAAAUAUGAGGCUGAAGUAAGGUGUGUAAUGGCGAGUAUGCCCAACUGAGGGCCCCAUUGAGCGGGAAGGAGGAUUGACAUAACCCAGGUCAUGCUCUGGAUGUCUUUCUACAUUACCAAGGGCAUGGGAAAAUAAUCUGA